CUUCCUUCUCUUUCUUCCCCCUCCUCAUCUUUCUCUUCUUCUCUUUCCUUUCCUUCCUGCCAACUCUUCAUCUCUUGGAAAUUGUGUCCGCACGGUUCUACUGCAUUGUGCCAUGCCCGACCCAGCUGGCCCGUCGCGGUCAGCCCAGGCACACGACCACAACACCAGCAGUCCGCGCGUGCUCUCCCCGGAUUUCACUAACCUUCGCCAUCGUGGCCCAGCCCGAUCUGCAACUUUUGCAGAAGGUACGAUCUCCAACCUGCAAGCUCAGCGCCGUAAUUCCACAUUAUCCGACUCAGUCUCGGAGGCUCGCAAUUCAAUUCGGUCCUCCACGGAUGACAUACUUUUCCCGCGCGUGGCUAAGGGAAGAGGUGACGUCGACCUGACAAAUGAAGAAUCACAUUGGCACUCGGCUCCCUUGGGUCUGGCUCUACUGCCUGCCAUUGCCGGCAUCUUUUUCCAAAACGGUAGUGCCGUCGUCACCGACAUCACUCUUCUCGUCCUUGCCGCCAUCUUCCUAAAUUGGUCAGUCCGAUUACCAUGGGACUGGUAUCGCUCUGCACAAGCUAUUCGACAGUCCUCCGACAAAUACUUCGACACAGCGGAGUUCCCCAGGAGUCCUGAGCCGAGCGAUAUUCCCCUCAGCCCCGAAUCUGGGGACAACACCCAACCACAGAUCGCCCGUGAACAGCACCUCUCCAAUAACGCCGCUGCAGCCACCAAGGAGCUGCAGAUCCAUGAGCUCGCCGCGUUGGUCUCGUGUUUCAUAUUUCCACUGAUCGGAACAUGGCUCCUUCACACCAUCCGAUCGAAACUUUCGCGGCCGUCGGAAGGCCUAGUCUCCAACUACAACCUGACUAUCUUCCUGCUCGCCUCAGAGAUACGACCAUUCUCGCAUCUCUUGAAGAUGGUUCAAGCGCGCACUCUCCACCUGCAACGCGUCGUCGCCUCCUCCACCGAGGACGAGAUGGACAAAGUCGAUGCCCACAAAGUCCUCGAUUUGGCCAAGCGCCUGGAAGAGCUCGAAGCUCACGUCGCCGAGACGGCCGCCGCACGACUCUCGCCGGGCCCGUCAAUGAACGCCGAACAGUCGCCGCAGAGCGAUACCUCCCAGGCCCUGAUCUCCCAGGCCACCGCUGAGAUGCGCAAGACCUUCCAAUGGGACAUUGACGCCCUGAACCGCGCCGUCCGUCGCUACGAGAAACGUACCACCGUCUUCACAUACCAGACCGAGACGCGUUUCCAGGCCCUGGAGGCCCACGUGCACGAUGCCUUCUCCCUGGCGGCUGCCGCACAUCGGGCCAAGCCCCAGGGACUGAUCAAUCUGGUCAUGGGGUCGGUGUACACCAUUAUCACACUCCCCGGACAGGUCUUCAUGGGUGUCGUCGGUCUCCCGAUGCAGGUGCUUCGACGUUGUCUACGGUACUGCAGGGAGAAGAUACUGACCCAACCGCCACCGUCCACGGCACCUAACAAGGGAAAGCAACCCAGAGACCGCAAGGCGCAGCCCUUGAAGGGAACAAGACGUGUUGCGCCGCAGGUCCACUCAGUUGAAUCGCGGACGCUCGAUCCAAUCAAGGAGUACAGAUGAGAGACUUGGGGAAGAGUACGCGGUGAGUUGCAACCGACUGCGACACACUCAAAACUGGUCGCUAUGACCCGCGCAAACACAGAGUUCCGGGACUUUAUCCAUCCCACCCACCUAGCAAGCAUCGUAUCUCGCCUGCAUGUAUUCUGGAUUCUUUCUGGUUACGGUCGCAUUUGGUGGAGCAAAAGUAAGCCCCCGUAGAGCGGGUGACGCUAUAUUGGACCAGAACCGUCUCUAGGAGCACCCGUGGACAUGGCC